CAAUCGAAUUUCUCUGUAUACAUCGUCCCCAGGAUGCGCUCUCGUCUUGCUAGGCCUCGGAACCCAGACCUUCCUCGGAUUGAUUUGGCGUUGCUGAUUGGUCUGGGGACGGCGUUGGCCUGUUGUCCUACUCCCCAUCCUAAUGCUCAUCUCUGGAAUCGUGUUCAAGAUCAUGAAUACACACCAAGGGUACACCUCUGGCAAUGACUACGUACUCGGCUUUGUUCUGUACUCAUCCUUCGUCCUGGUGACGACAAUAUGGUGUACCGCUUUCAUCAUUUACCGCAUUUUAACUGUUGGACAGGCAAGUGGUGAAGUUGGAGGCGGAGUCAGCUUCUAUCGCCAUGUUAUCGAAGUCUUGAUCGAAUCCUCCGCAUUAUAUUCUGUAUCCUUAAUCCUAUUAGUGGUCUUUGAGGUUCGCGAAGUUCAAGCACGAUAUUAUGUUGAUGUCAUGACGGGGAUUGCGAGGGGAGUAGCUCCAACGCUGCUUGUUGGGCGUGUCGCUGCAGGACACGCACGUUCAGACGACUCAUGGCAGGGCAGCGUAAUGUCGUCACUACAUUUCGGGACAACGCAUUCGCGGAAUAAUGACCAACCAAGCCUCGAGGAGGAGACAUUGCAGAGCAUCGUGCUAGAGGAAGAUUUACAUAUUAACAGCUGUUGAUGCUCAAAUUCGCAAAUUCAGGUUCUUAAUGGCCGCAUCACUGACAAGAUCAAAUACCAAUAUAUUAUCACGCGGACGUCUCGCCCGAGCCAGCUUCUCACAGUAAAUGUACGGGAAUUGAGAUGCAUAUAAUGGAAUUUUCUGUUUCCGCCAUCACUGAAAUGCGCUCUGAUUCAUCUCGUCUUGCUAA